UAUUCUCAAUAUCAGUCUUGAGUUUUCUUCCAGGAUCGAACACGUCACAAUAUUCCUCAUUUAAAUAAUUCAUACGCAGAAUAAAGGGGCGGGGCCGGGUUGAGUUAGUUAGUAGUGUGUUGAAACUGGCGGUUAUGUUAAGGGGCGGGACAUUUCCCAAACACCAAUCACAACACACUGCUCCAGCCGACCAAUCAGAGCACAUUGUGCUUUUCAGAAGGAGGGGCUUCAUAGAGACAGGAACUAAACAGAGUGUUACUGACAGACUGGGAAGAGAGGAGCUGAACAAUGGAGAAUAUGAGGAAAAUAAUCAACAUUCAAGCAGGAAAACAUUUUUAUUCAUUAAAAUUACUAAAAUGUAUUUAUUCUACUGUGAUAUGCUUGUCAUGUCAUUCUGAUCUGUUGUUGUUUAUAGAGAUGUACGCUCAGAGGAGGGUGCGAGAGGAAGCUCCAAUCAUCCAGCAAGUCCCAAAGAUGAUUCCACGGGAACAUCCGGUCUCCAGCGCCACGUCGUUACGUAAAGCUCUGUCCAUCCAGAAUCUGACCCAGAUCGAGACGCCGUGGGAGGGUGUGACGCUGAACAGGUGUCUGAUCGUCGCCAUAACCAUCCUGCUGCUGAGCUCCGGAUUACAAAGAAUACACGAGGCCGUCAGGGGCCGUAAGGAUGUGAGUGAAGAGAUCACAGCACUGCAUGAGAGACACGCUCUGGUUAAAAGAGGGAAAAUAACAAUACAUGAGCCGGACACUUCCUUAUGGGACAUGUUGUUCUGGUGGAUGGAUGAUGAUGAUGAAGGCUCUGGCAAGAGGAGGGUUUCCAGGGGCCUCAGACACCGGCCCCUUCCGAACCCCAGGCUCCUGAAGAAGAGAGAGACGAAAUUCCCUGAGCGCCGAGGAAGAGGAAAACGACAAGUGGACGAGAUUAAAGAGAGACUGACAAGACAGAAAGAAAAAGAGAUGAAAGUCAAGAAGAAGGUAGAGGAAGAAAAGGAGGAGGACAUAGAGAAGGUGAAGAAACUAAAGAAACCAGCGAAAGAGAGCAAGCAAAAACCUGUGAAAGAGUGAAAGUAGGGAUGUAAAGAUGCCAGUAAGGAAACGAGGAUGUGUCUGUGCUUCACUGUCAUGAAAAUGUCGAUCUUAAUGCUGCUUUUCUUUAGAAAAACAUUUUUUUUGAUUAUAGGGUGAGAUUCACUUUCAAAUCCACACAUUAUGACCUGGACUGAUGAUAAACUGUAUAAUUUGGUGCUUUCUGUUUUUGCUUUGUAAAAUAUUGAUGGUCCAACCAACCAUUAACCCUUUCAGCACCUUUGAAAUGUCUGCUAGCAAAACUCACCCAGAUCAUCUUCUGCUAGAGGAUAUUAAGUUUCAGAUAGCACUGAAAUAAUUUAUUAAUUUGUUGUGAGAUAAAUAAGUUAAAGUAACAAGAAUUAAUACCUACUUAAAGUACAUGAGCUUAUUUUGGAUGUUUAAGUCUGUAUUGUGCAAAAGUAAAGCUUUUUUCAAAUGUAAA